AGACGGAGCCUGUUGAGGAAUUUUCCUGGGUGGCUGAGAAGUUAUCCAGGAAAAUUGUGUAAGCCUCUUACCUAUUGGAGGCAGCUGUUUCCAGCUGGGCUAGUGCUGGGAAGCAGCAUCUCAGGGUCUCAUUCAGGUUCCAGAAGGUUAAAAAUCAGAAAUACCAAAACUUGGGCUGAACCCUAUGGGUGACUUAGGGUCAGGGAGCUGUAUUCUAUUCCUGGUUCUGCCACGUAUUGUCUGUAGGACCUCGUAUUCGCCUCUAAUUUUCAUUUUCAAUGGAGUGAGUAGCUGUGCUGCCUAACUGACUGGGUGAUGUGAUUCCUGGAGAUGACUGGUACAUGUGGGAGUCCCUGAAACUGACAUGAACGGCCUCGGACUUUGUGCUGAGCAGCGGUCUCUGGCCUCUCCUGGCUUGACUGGCAUAGGGAGACUUGGCGAGAGGAGGCAGCACUGUAGAAGGUCAGAAGAGUGGACACUGGCAAGAGGAGGGCAACCUCUUUCCUGGCCUCUCCGACACCAUGGACAGCUCCCGUUAACGAACGCACCUCUCUACCCUCGGGGCCUUGGGACUCCUAUGCCCCCUUCCUGUCCAAUUGGGAUUUCAUUCACCAUUCUCCAAGAGACACUGAAGUUAUACCCUAGUUCCAGUGUUGGAGUUACUGGCCCCUAAAGCUGAGCAGACUUCAGCCAACUGAUCCCCUUAUUCCCAGGACCAGCAGCCCCUCUGGACAUGGCUCUUCUGGAAGGCUGUGUGGGGGUGGAGGACCUGGUGCUCCUGGAACCCCUGGAACAGGAGCCUCUGCUCAGGAACCUCCAGCUGCGCUAUGAAAAGAAGGAGAUUUAUACGUACAUUGGUAAUGUGUUGAUCUCAGUGAAUCCCUACCAACAGCUGCCCAUCUAUGGCCCGGAGUUCAUUGCCAAAUACCGGGACUAUACCUUCUAUGAGCUGAAGCCCCAUAUCUAUGCUUUGGCAAACGUGGCAUACCAGUCACUGAGGGACCGAGACCGAGACCAGUGCAUCCUCAUCACGGGCGAGAGCGGAGCGGGCAAGACGGAGGCUAGCAAGCUGGUGAUGUCCUAUGUGGCGGCUGUCUGUGGGAAAGGGGAGGAGGUGAACUCUGUGAAGGAGCAGCUGCUUCAGUCAAACCCGGUGCUGGAGGCUUUUGGCAAUGCCAUGACCAUUCGCAACAACAACUCCUCUCGAUUUGGAAAAUACAUGGAUAUCGAGUUCGACUUCAAGGGAUCCCCCCUUGGUGGCGUCAUUACAAACUAUCUGCUGGAGAAAUCCCGAGUGGUGAAGCAGCUUGAAGGAGAAAGGAACUUCCACAUCUUCUAUCAGCUACUGGCCGGAGCAGAUGCCCAUCUGUUGAAGGCCCUGAAGCUCGAGAGGGACACAAGUGGCUACACCUACCUAAACCAGAAAGUGUCCAGAGUGGACGGCAUGGACGACACCUCCAACUUCAAGGCCGUACAGAGUGCAAUGACUGUGAUUGGGUUCUCGGAGGAGGAGAUUCAACAGGUGCUUGAGGUGACGGCCCUCGUGCUGAAGCUGGGGAACGUGGAGCUGGCAGAUGAGUUCCAGGCCAAUGGGAUAUCAGCAAGUGGCAUUCAGGAUGGGAGAGGAAUUCAGGAGAUUGGGGAAAUGAUGGGUUUGAAAUCAGAGGAACUAGAGAAAGCUUUGUGCUCAAGGACCAUGAAAACAGCCAAAGAAAAGGUGGUCACUGCACUGAAUGUCAUUCAGGCUCAGUAUGCUCGCGAUGCUCUGGCCAAGAAUAUCUACAGCCGCCUCUUCAACUGGAUCGUGAAUCGAAUCAAUGAGAGCAUCAAGGUGGGCACUGGGGAGAAGAAGAAGGUAAUGGGGGUCCUGGAUAUCUACGGCUUUGAAAUUUUAGAGGAUAAUAGCUUCGAGCAGUUUGUGAUCAACUACUGCAACGAGAAGCUGCAGCAGGUGUUCAUUGAGAUGACGCUGAAAGAGGAGCAAGAGGAGUAUGAGAGGGAGGGCAUACCAUGGACAAAGGUGGACUACUUUGAUAAUGGCAUUAUCUGCAACCUCAUUGAGCAUAAUCAGCGAGGCAUCCUGGCCAUGCUGGACGAGGAGUGCCUACGGCCUGGGGUGGUCAGCGACACCACUUUCCUAGCGAAGCUGAACCAGCUCUUCUCCAAGCACAAUCACUAUGAGAGCAAAGUCACCCAGAAUGCCCAGCGCCAGUAUGACCACACCAUGGGCCUCAGCAGCUUCCGUAUCUGCCACUAUGCGGGCAAGGUGACUUACAACGUGAACAGCUUCAUUGAUAAGAACAAUGACCUACUCUUCCGGGACUUGUCCGAGGCCAUGUGGAAGGCCCGGCACCCCCUCCUUCGGUCCUUGUUCCCUGAGGGAGAUCCCAAGCAGGCAUCUCUCAAACGCCCCCCAACUGCUGGGGCCCAGUUCAAGAAUUCUGUGGCCAUACUCAUGAAGAACCUGUAUUCCAAAAACCCCAACUACAUCAGGUGUAUAAAGCCCAAUGAGCAUCAGCAGCAAGGUCAGUUCUCAUCGGAGCUGGUGGACGUCCAGACUCGGUACCUGGGACUGCUAGAGAAUGUGCGGGUGCGACGGGCGGGUUACGCCUACCGCCAGAGGUACGGGCCCUUCCUUGAAAGAUACCGAUUGCUGAGCCGGAGCACCUGGCCUCGCUGGAAUGGGGAAGACCGGGAGGGGGUUGAGAAGGUCGUCGGGGAGCUGAGCUUGUCCUCAGAGGAGCUGGCCUUCGGGAAGACGAAGAUCUUCAUCAGAAGCCCCAAGACUCUGUUCUUCCUGGAGGAGCAGCGGCGCCUGCGGCUGCAGCAGCUCGCUACAAUCAUCCAGAAGACCUACCGGGGCUGGCGCUGCCGGGCCCACUACCAGCUCAUGCGCAAGAGUCAGAUCGUCAUCUCCGCCUGGUUUCGGGGCAGCAGGCAAAGGAUACUAUACGGGAAGAUAAAGUCCUCGGUAUUGCUGAUCCAGGCUUUUGUGAGAGGGUGGAAGGCCCGCAAGGAUUAUCGAAAGUAUUUCCGGUCAGGGGCUGCCCUCACAUUGUCAAAUUUCAUCUAUAAGAGCAUAACACAGAAGUUCCUGUUGGGGCUGAAGGACAAUUUGCCGUCAACCAACAUCCUGGACAGCACGUGGCCGGCCGCCCCUUACAGGUGCUUCCACGCAGCUAACCAGGAGCUGCGGCAGCUCUUCUACCGCUGGAAGUGCAAGAAAUUCCUGGAUCAGCUGUCCCCGAAGCAGGUAGAGAUCCUGAGGGAGAAGGUCUGUGCCAGUGAGCUGUUCAAGGGCAAGAAGGCUUCCUACCCCCAGAGUGUCCCCAUCCCAUUCCACGGUGACUACAUUGGGCUGCAAGGGAACCCCAAGCUGCAGAAGCUGACGAACGGAACGGAUGGGCCUGUUCUGAUGGCAGAGACCGUGAAGAAAGUCAAUCGUGGCAAUGGCAAGAUUUCCUCCCGAAUUCUUCUCUUGACCAAGGGGCAUGUGAUUCUCAUAGACACCAAGAAGUCCCAGCCCAAAACUGUCAUUGGGCUGGACAGUGUGGCUGGGGUGUCAGUCACCAGCUUCAAGGAUGGGCUUUUCAGCUUACAUAUGAGUGAGAUAUCAUCAGCGGGCUCCAAGGGGGACUUCCUGCUGGUCAGCGAACAUGUGAUUGAACUGCUAACCAGAAUGUCCCGGGCUGUGCUGGAUGCCACACAGAAGCAGCUUCCAGUCACCGUGACUGAGAAUUUCUCAGUGAGGUUCAAGGAGAGCAGUGUGACUGUCAAGGUCAUCCAGGGCCCUGAGGGCGGUAGAAAUGGCAAGCUAAGCUGCAAGAAGAAAGGGAGCCGUGGCCUGGAAGUGACCGUAUAGUGAGGAGGUGGGGGCCGAAGGCGGAGACAGCAGCUUCUUCUCCUGGACCAGUGCCCAUCCUGCCCACCCGUGUUUGUGAGAGAAUCUCCUGUCCAACCCCUCUGAUCCCGGAGAUGGGGCUCAGAGACUGAAGAGCCCUUGAAGAGGACCUUUCUCCCACACUCUUCCAGUCUCCUCUCCCUUAGAACUUAGCUUCCUCCCACCCUCAGGCUCUUUGACCACUAAUAAAACAAGUGACUUUCCAAACA